GUCCAGCUAUACAAGCAAGCUGCCACAGCCAGCUAAGAAGAGAACAGCCUUGCAGCAGCAGUGAAAAGGCAACCUUCAACCCCCAAUGGACAUCACCAAGACUUCGACAUGGAGUAAAUGUGUCAGCUGCUAUCAUCAGGUGACUGGAGCUGUGAUGUUACAGUGAUCACUUUAAAAGUUUCCCCAUUUUGUCCCACCAGUCUAAGAAAUACACUCAAUACCUAAAACAGACUGCCCUGGUGCUUGCCAUAUUGUUCAUGUCACUUACUACAGCAGUAUCUGUGCCUUUAGAUCAAAUAUUUCAGUAUAUUGAAGAACAUCAAAAUGAAUACGUGCAGAGACUCAAAGAUUGGGUGGCCAUAGAAAGUGACUCCAAUGACCCUGCAAAGAGACAUCUGGUUAUAAACAUGAUGCUUUUGGCAGAAGAGAGGAUAAGAAAGUUAGGUGGAACAGUUGAGAUGGUAGAUCUGGACAUGCAAGAGCUACCCAAUGGAAACAAAAUCUCUUUGCCACCAGUUAUUCUGGCAAACAUUGUAAAAGAUCCAAAAAAGCCUACCGUUUGUUUUUAUGGGCAUAUGGAUGUGCAGCCGGCAAAAAUUGAGGAUGGAUGGUCAACAGAGCCUUACAUAUUGACAGAGAAAAAUGGCAAUCUCUACGGACGAGGUGCAUCUGAUGACAAAGGACAAGUUCUGGCUGUGCUGAAUGCAAUUGAAGCACUUCAAAAACAUGAACUUCCUGUUAAUGUAAAGAUUCUGCUUGAAGGUAUGGAAGAAGUAGGGUCCAUUGGGCUAAAUACGCUAGUUGAACAGAGAAAUAGUACAUUUUUUUCUGACGUUGAUUACAUUGUGGUCACUGACUCCGCAUGGCUCAGCAACAAACCUGGUAUUACAUAUGGGACAAGAGGAAACUGCUACUUCUUUGUUGAGGUAGAAUGUGCUAAACGAGACUUACACUCAGGGGGCUUUGGAGGAAUAUUACAUGAAGCAAUGAAUGACUUAAUAUUUCUAUUAAACACCCUGGUAGAUUCCUCUGGUCAUAUCCUGAUCCCUGGAAUUUAUGAAGCAGUAGCUCCUCUCACUGAAAAAGAAAAGAAACUCUAUGAAGGAAUUGAAUAUGACCUGGACCAGAUUAUGGCCAAAUAUGGAAUAGAAGAGUUUCAUAACAAAACUAAGGAAGAAUUAUUAAUGCAAAGAUCACGCUAUCCAUCUCUUUCCAUCCAUGGAAUCGAAGGAGCUUUUUCUGCACCUGGAACUAAGACUGUAAUCCCUGCAAAAGUAACUGGAAAGUUUUCAAUACGUGUGGUGCCGAACAUGGAGCCUUCUGUAGUAAAGAAACAGGUGACUGACUAUUUGAACAAGAAAUUCACUGAACUGAACAGUCCUAACAGCAUUAAAGUAACCAGUAGCAUAGGAACAAAGCCCUGGCUAUCUGACAUAAAUGAACCUCAGUAUUUGGCUGCAAGGAAAGCAAUUAAAAGAGUGUUUGGAAAAGAGGCUGACAUGAUCCGUGCAGGUGGAACAAUUCCAAUUGCCACACAUUUUCAGGAGGUGACUAGAAAGAGUAUAAUGUUACUAGGAAUAGGAGGACCUGACGAUGCUCCACAUGGGCAAAAUGAAAAGAUCAGCAGGUACAAUUUCAUUGAGGGAACAAAACUAUAUGCAGCUUUUCUUCAAGAACUUGCUACUGUCUAAAGAAAAAAGAAUAUGGCUUAGUAAACCUUUAUAACUAUCUGUAUUUGCUUGUUUGAUAAGCACAUAUCACAGAACAUAUUGGAUUUCA